AUGUGCAACCAGGCUCUGAGGGCCGAGCCUCUAAUUCAAGCUGACGUGAGAACCCACCACCCCAAAGCCAUCUUUUCGGGCUUUCAAGCUGUCAGUUCUCUCCCCUGCAAUCUUAACUGCCCGUCUUUACCGUGGCAAGUUGAAGAUGAUAGAUCUCUGCCGAUUGUUUGUUGCGAAGAGAAGAUGGCGACGUGUUGCGAUACGAGUGGCGUUCCGCCCAACUUGCCUGAGAACACUCUGACAAGACACCUGCAGGUCAGACUAAUGUUAGCAAUCUCACUCUCUCUUGGUAGACGGCAAAUGGAGCCCGCCGUUAUCGUGAGUGGGACUCAGGGGAAGACAACGAAGCCUGCCACAGAAGGUCUGACGAGGCAACUUCCAGAAAACAAUUUGCACGCAAUCAAAUUUGAUACAAAAGAAGAUAGACGCGACACGGCCUUUGAGUGUUUGGCAUAUGGACCUGCCAAGUGUAUUGGCUCAGCCUUUGCAGCGAGGGUUUGA